GGCGGGGCCUGCUCGCCGCUCUCCUGUGUGCCCUGUCACUGGGCGCACAUUCCGGAGAAGGAGCCGGGCAGCAGUGGGUGUUUGGGCUCAGCAAUGGCCCCCUGCUUAUGUGCCACCCGCUCUCACCUGUGCCUCACGCCUGCUGUAUUGCCGGAGACCCGGCCCUUGUCCUGUCAGCCGUUCAGCUACUGAUACUUUCCUCAUCCCGGUACUGGUAUGAACUAGUGGCCAGCGCUGUGCCCUGAUGCCCGGGUAUGAGCCAGACAUGGAGGCUGCUGCUGCCUGUGAAGAGAGAACAAGCCGCAGUGUCGCGCAGGCCGCCAGGAUCCGUGUGUCCAUUGUGUCCAUAGUGACUAUUGUAGUUGUUCUUGCCGGUACCACGGAUGGCGCAUCUGUGCUGAUAUCUGAGAAGACGACUGUAGUCCUCCCAUCGGGAAAAUACCAACACUCUGAUCCCGAAUCCAAGAUAAAUCUCAUCUGUGAUAAAUGCCCUGCAGGUACCCACGUAUCCAAGCACUGUACGGAGUCAGCCCUGCGGGAGUGCAGCCCCUGUCCCAACGGAACCUUCACUAAACACGAGAAUGGAAACGACAGGUGCCACCCCUGCAGAGCGCCGUGCCAAAUCUCGCUUGUAGAGAAAUCACCCUGCACCGCCUUGUCUGACCGCCAGUGCUCUUGUCCAACUGCCACUUUUCUUCUCAACGAUACCUGCACCCCUCACACGUCGUGCCCAGUCGGAUGGGGCGUCCGGAAGAAAGGGAGCGAGGCGGAGGAUGUCAAGUGCAAGGCGUGUUCCCGCGGUACAUUUUCUGAUGUGCCUUCUACUGUUCUGAAAUGCAGAGCCCAUACGGACUGUGCGGAGCUUGGUCUGGCGCUCAUAAAUCCCGGUACUACGGAACAUGACAAUGUAUGCGGAGCACUCUCCUCAACUCCUACAGAUGUGUAUUCCUCUCAUACGGACUAUGAACCGACAGAUGUUUACAAUGAAACUGCAAAGAAUGAAACCAUUUACUUGAAUACGACCAACACCAGGGACCCAGGAAACCAACAAGACCCCCCCAAAAAGCCGGUACCGGUCAAUAUCCAGCAGUCUGGUGGCGGCAAGGGAGAUGGACUUAAGCCAACCGGACCGAGGACCAUCAAGAGGACUCCCCCUCGGCAGAACGCUAACGAAUUUGACAUUAACGAGCACCUCCCGUGGAUGAUUGUUCUGUUCCUCCUACUGGUUCUGGUCAUUAUCGUGGUUUGCAGCGUCCGCAAAAGCUCCCACACCCUCAAAAAGGGACCAAAGCAGGACCCCAGCUCCAUCGUGGAGAAAGCCGGAUUCAAAAAGUCCAACACACUGGCACACAACCGGGAGAAAUGGGUCUACUACUGCAACGGGCACGGUAUUGACAUCCUGAAGCUUGUGGCAGCACAGAUAGGAAGCCAAUGGCAGGACAUCUACCAGUUCCUGUGCAAUGCCAAUGAACAUGAGGUGGCCGUCUUCUCCAACGGCUACACAGCGGAUCACGAGCGAGCCUACGCAGCCUUGCAGCACUGGACCAUACGAGGACCGGAGGCCAGCCUCGCCCAGCUCAUCAGCGCUCUGCGCCAGCACAGACGCAAUGACGUGGUGGAGAAGAUUCGCGGGCUGAUGGAGGACAGAGUGCAGAUGGACACAGACAAACUGACCCUGCCAGUGGAUGUCAACCAACCAGUGCCAAACGGUAGCGCAAAGCCCCCCGACUCCAACCCCAUAACCGUGGAACCGUCGCCCCUCGACAAGAGCAAAGGAUUUUUUGCAGAUGAGUCUGAGCCUCUUCUCCGAUGUGACUCCACUUCCAGCGGCUCCUCUGCACUCAGUAGAACUGGCUCAUUUAUAACCAAAGAAAAGAAAGACACAGUUCUGCGCCAGGUUCGACUGGACCCGUGUGACUUGCAGCCAAUCUUCGACGACAUGCUUCACAUCCUAAGCCCUGAAGAAUUUCACCUUCUAGAGAAGAUUCCGCAGGCAGAGGACAGGCUGGACCGUCUGUUUGAGAUCGCCGGAGUCAAGAGCCAAGAAGCUAGCCAAAAACUAUUAGACUCUGUGUAUAGCCACCUCCCUGAUCUGCUGUAACGUUGGAGUAGACUGAACAGAACUUAUUGCCUUCCAAUGGCAGUGCAAUCAGGUCUCACGACCGUUCUAGGCCAGUCUUUAUUUCUCUUGGUUUUUUUUUUUCUUUUUUCCCUUUUUGGGAAACAGUUUCGGAAAGAGAAAUCAAUUUUCACUUUCAAGCCAGCUUCAAGAUGGAGUUAUUUAUUAGUAUGCUGGGGUUGAUGCAAGUCUAGGUUACAAGGAUUGGCUAGACUGUCUGACACAUGGGCAAUGGAGAAGCAGCUCGUUGUCCCGCACUUACACCAACAAUAACUCAAAGGCAAGCGCUGUGCGUCCCAUAAUAACUACAGGGCUGACAUUACAAGAGUUUGGGAUGGGGAUAUAGGACGACCAUAUGUAAAGUGAAAUGUUCAGGCAAUUUGGUCAGUUUCAGCCUUACUGGCCAACCAUCUCACCAUCUAUGUGUGAAUCCCCCCAGGAGGCAGUAGACCAUGCAUCUAUAGGCUGAUCCGUUGGAUAUUCCAGAAUAUGGUGGUGUGAGGCCAUCUUUACAUCUCUACAUGUGUGAACCCCCCAGGAGGCAGUAGACCAUGAAUCUGUAGGCUGAUCAUUUGGAUAUUCAUGAAUAUGGUGGUGUGAGGCCAUCUUUACAUCUCUACAUGUGUGAACCCUCCCAGGAGGCAGUAGACCAUGAAUCUGUAGGCUGAUCAUUUGGAUAUUCCAGAAUAUGGUGGUGUGAGGCCAUCUUUACAUCUCUACAUGUGUGAACCCACCAGGAGGCAGUAGACCAUGAAUCUGUAGGCUGGUCGGUUGGAUAUUCCAGAAUAUGGUGGUGUGAGGCCAUCUUUACAUCUCUACAUGUGUGAACCCACCAGGAGGCAGUAGACCAUGAAUCUGUAGGCUUAUCAGUUGGAUAUUCCAGAAUAUGGUGGUGUGAGGCCAUCUUUAGUUAUCUUAUUUAGCCAUGAGUGGUGUAGCUUGUAGGCAUGUGUGAACCCCCCAUGAGGUUCUAGUGCUACUAUAAACCUUUGUGUUGGAGGCUCUUGUUGUUCAGGAGCAGAUCUGCAGUUGGUCAUCCAUGAAGGCGCAAGGCUUAUCCCAGAAGAGCAAGUGUCCCAUGCAUCACUCACAUUGACAUAUUUGCAGUUAUUGUCCCUGGAGUUCACAAUUUCCCCCAUAGUUAACUGGUAUCUCUGGGGAGCCCGCCCUACACUGUCCCAGCUUCAAGAAAAUCGCCUGUGUACACUCAGCCUAAUGGUUUUUAAAAAAACAUCCCUACUACAGUAUUGUGGGCAGAGCUCAGCUCUUGCAGACAGGAACAAACAAUGUUUCCUACAGAUGGAGCCAUCUUUAUUUUAAGAUGACACGGUGCAACAUGGCAUUCAUUUCAAAGCAAAACAUGUGAUGUUGAGCUGUUGAGAUGGAGUGACAUUCUGAGACAUGGUGAGACAAAUGUCUAGAUAAAGUUUGCUCCAUCUGUAUUUCAGCUGAGAACCAACCACGUGCAGUGAAAGUAUUGGGCUGAACUACUCACAAAGGGAAAUCUUUUCAUGUAAAGAAGCCAAAAUAAUACAAAUGACCCAUGGUGGAUAUGGCAAAGGCACAUGAUGGUCCUAAAAGGCUAUAACUUCACAGGCAAGCAUUUGUGGUUAGGAUGUUUAUGGUGGAACCAUAUGUUGGACAUUAACCUACAGUUGGCACAAAAUUGUUUGUUUUGUUGUCCCUGGGAUAUCCUCAUCUGCACCUAGUGAUAUGGCCACACUGAGAUUGUAGGGGGUUUAGGUUGCUGUAUGUGCUUUUUCAUAAGGAUCUUGCAAAUCUUCCAUUGCCAGCUUGUCAUCAUUUCUAGGUUUCAUACUGCCACAACCAAUCAGCAAGUAGCAUGUUCCACUCACCCAUGUGAAACCAAAAAAUCUGAUUGGUUGUUGUGGGUUGCUAGACCUGGUGCAAGCUUUACAACUGUUAUCACAUGUUCCACAUAGUUACAAAAAGAGUAGACACUGGUCAGUAAAUGACCCCUGAAGCCAUCAGUGAUACCAGGCACCAACAAGCAUUGCUGCAGUUUGCCACAUGGUUUCCAUGGAUGAGGUUGUGACUGUAUCUUGUCAUCUGCGUGAAGACAGGGCUAUCGUGAAAGAAGAAGGCCCCGCCUUGAGAAAAUACUGCAUCAAUCAUGGACGAAUGACCUGUAACGUUUGUUAUUUGUUGGCCAUUGAAGAGUGCUGUUGAAGUUGCAAGAUCAAGUAGACGUCCUUGGUGUAACUACUGGUACAAAUAACAUUUGUACUUUGAGCAAAGACCAUUUUUGUCAUGAAAUGUUAAGCGCCAGUGGAGUGACCAAAUACCCAAUAAUUGCCAUGUUAUUCAACUCUUUCAUUAUGGUGUUACCAAUAUCCCUGGGUCUGUGCUAAUCAACUGAGAUUGGUCCUCGUUUUCAGGGGAUAGCUACUAGUCAUGCCCAGGCAAGCCUGAAACCCCCAGGAUCCACUGGUUUAGAUAUAUGUUAAGUGCAUCUGGACCAACUUUUUACUGUUUGGCCAGGUAGGGGGCCCAGGACCUUCUCCAAAAAACUUGCUGGACUUACCCUCUACGGUCAUGUCAGUGGUGGGCAGGCUGGGCAUGGGGAUAUUAGUAGUUGUGGCACGUCAGGCUUGGGUUUGGGUUGGGAGAGUACAGGUUAGGGUUGACCCAUGCACCACUAGUAGCUACAAUCAUAGUACAACUGCAUAAGGGCCCUCUGCACCCCAUACUGGUUCAAUGGAGGAGAGACUUACAAAAUAUCAUCCCAAGGGCCAUGUGGUUACUGUUUCCGGCCCUCGUUCCUGCUGCAGAAAUUGUUGGAUAACCUUCUCUAGUUCCUGCCCAACAUGUUUAGUAUUCAGUAACCUUUUUGGCUUGACCAGGAUCCAUUCACUGAAGAGAUUUUGUCUUGAAUGGAAUAUUUACUAUACGUUGACUAAGGAUAGGUUUAGGGCAGGGGAAGGCCAUGGGUCCCCAGCCUCACAUUGGACACUUUGAUGAGACUAUUCCCCUGAUGAAGGUGCAAGUUUAGAUUUUCUUCAGUAUUUACACCUGCCAUUAAACUCCAACAUUUGUUUAUGAACAACAACAACCCUCCAUCCACUGUCAGAUUCUGGGAUUUGUAGUGAUUGCUGGGGUUGUAGGUUUUUUUUGGGAGGUCCUGACCCAGUACCAAAAGCAAAAAAAGUAUUCACCAUGUUUCUAAAAAGUGGUAUUUCUUUGUAAUGGAAAUAAGUUAAUUUCAGAGCUGCUACUUUUCUACAGUAAAUAGGCUGAUCCCAGCACUCCCGAUAACCCGCCUGUUACAGAUAUUAUUUCUGAUAAAGAUGCAACUGUUACACUUAUUAAAACAAUCUGUUUUUUGUUUUUUUUUUGAGAAAUUAUAUAUUUUGGUGCUUUGUUUCAUGUUCUGUAUGAGAAGUUUGGCCAGAAAGAUGUUGCCUUUAAAUAUACUAAUUUAUGACUAAAUAGUAGGUGUUUGUUACUGAACUUGCUUCUGUAUGUUCUCAUCACAAGGAUAAACACGUUAAUGUUAUGUAUCUAAUCUUAAGAGCAAACAAUCAGACAUUGUUCCACACCGCAAGUCAAUCGUUUUUUUUUCCUGUUUUGUAAGAAAAGAAUAAAAAUACACUAUUUAUAUAUCAAUGCUGAA